AUGGUGAACCAGGGGAAGGUCCAGAUCAGCAGCAGCACUGAACAGAUCCUAGAAGAUAAGAGCUCUGGCUCUCUGGGAUGUUGCGGCAGGCUUCUGUUCGGAAUCUCUCUAAUCUUCCCGGUGUUCCUCUUCCCCAUCGCCAUCUUCGUGUGCGUCAAGAUUGUAAAGGAGUAUGAGCGAGCGGUCAUUUUCAGACUUGGACGCAUCGCGGACAAGAAGCCGAAAGGACCAGGGAUCUUCUUUGUACUACCCUGUACUGACACUUUCGUGAAGGUGGACUUGAGGACUGUGUCUUUUGACAUUCCACCCCAAGAGAUCCUGACCAAAGACUCAGUGACGGUGUCUGUAGACGGGGUGGUGUAUUUCCGUGUGUACUGCCCCAUCUCUGCUGUAGCUAACGUGUCCAACGCCCACUCCUCCACCCGUCUCCUCGCCCAGACCACCCUGAGGAACGUCCUGGGAACCAAGAACCUGGCUGAGCUGCUGUCUGACCGCGAGGGAAUCUCACACAACAUGCAGGAGUCUCUGGACGAGGCCACUGACCCGUGGGGUAUCAAGGUGGAGCGUGUGGAGAUUAAAGACGUGAAGCUGCCCCACCAGCUGCAGAGAGCCAUGGCUGCAGAGGCAGAAGCCAGCCGUGAGGCCAGGGCGAAGGUGAUAGCAACGGAGGGGGAGAUGAACGCCUCUCGGGCCCUGAAGGAGGCGUCUCUAGUGAUCGCUGGGUCUCCAUCAGGCCUCCAGCUGAGAUACCUCCAGACCCUCACCACCAUCGCUGCGGAGAAGAACUCCACCAUCAUCUUCCCUCUGCCCAUGGACAUGGUCAGCCACUUCAUGCAGAGGAAAUGAGGGGUCUAAGAGGCAGUGUUGCAUCUUCCUUCCCCUUUUGCCCUCCUUCACAGAUAUGAUA